AUGAAAAUUUAAUUGAAAUAAAUCAUGGAAAAUAUUUAAGAAUGAAAAGUUUUGUUGAUCUUGAUUUAGCUGAAAAAAUAUAUUUUUUUAAAAGAGAAUAUUUAUCAACGAAUGAACAAUGGAUAAAUGCAGCAUGUGAUGCAUUACGUUCUCGUCUUCACUUUUUAAAUCAUAUUAAAUGUGAAAAGUUAAAUGAAAACUUAAAUAGAGCUAUUGACAAUUCUAUUGCAUCAUGUCGUUAUCAUUUUUUUUCAUAUGAUGGACCAAAAUAUAAAAAAUUAUGUUUACCAUCAACACCAUUUGUUGGAAAUUAUUUUUAUUAUCCAAAUGGAGAAUUUAAACAUCCAGAUGAUAUUAAUAAAUUAAUUGAAGAUGAUAUUAAUUAUCAAUUAUAUGUUAUGGCUCAUAAUGGUUGGAUUAUGAAUGAUGAUCCACUUAGACAUUUUGCUGAACAAGGUGAAUUUUAUUUUAAAGGAGAAGAUUGUUAUUUACGACGAGAUUUAAUUCAAUGGUCUGAUUUAAUAAAACUUCGUUUUGGUUCUCGACGUGAAGAUUGUCCAUCAUUAUAUUCGUAUAUGAAAGAAUAUACACGUUUAGUAGCAACAACAUUUCAUGGUUGUCGUCUUGAUAAUUGUCAUUCAACACCAUUAUGGUUAGCACAAGAAAUGAUGGAUUAUGCUAGAGAAAUAAAUCCUAAUUUUUAUAUUAAUGCAGAACUUUCAACAGGAAAUAUAAAAAGUGAUGCUCGAUUUAUUAAUCAAAUUGGAAUUAAUUCUUUAAUUAAAGGUUAA